AGAGGGCGAGAGAGAGAGAGAGAGAGAGGGAGGGAGAGCACCAGUCAGUGUUGUUCCUGCUGUGGAUCAGAGAGGAGAUAGGAGCAUCAUCACUGAACAGCCAGCUGCUCGUGUCCAGGCCCAGCUGUAGCAUCCCUCACCAUGACUAAAGAGGAGAACCUGGAGGUCCAGGAGAAAGAGAGGCAUGACUGCGAGGAGCAGGAGGAGGGGAAAGUCCAGAAAGAAGAGGAGGAGGCACUGACCGAGGAGGAGGAGGAAGAAGAGGGGGAGUAUGAGCUAGAAGAGGAGAAGGAGGGAGAGCAGAAAGCAGAGGUGGAGGAUGAGGAUGAGCAGGAAGAGGAGGAACUGGAGGAGAGAGAGGAGCAGGAAGUAGAGGAGGACCCACUGGCUUGUCAGGAGUGUGACGUCGAUCCAGAGCCUGAGCUGCUGUCGGUGUCCGAGUACCAGAGUCCAGUUCACGAGCCACGCCGACGAGCCAUGGUGCACCCCUCCGCCCAGGCCCCGCUCCCCAAAGACUACACCUUCACCUUCUUCGACCCCAAUGACCCGGCCUGUUUAGAGAUCCUCCUGGAUCCUCAGACCACCAUCCCGGAGCUGUUUGCCAUCGUGCGUCAGUGGGUUCCCCAGGUGCAGCACAAGAUCGACGUCAUCGGCAGCGAGAUCCUGAAGCGUGGUUGCCAUGUGAACGACCGCGACGGUUUGACUGACAUGACGCUGCUUCACUACAGCUGUAAGGCUGGAGCGCACGGAGUUGGUGACCCGGCGGCGGCGCUCCGUCUCAGCAGCAAGCUGAUCGCUCUGGGCGCCGACGUGAGUCUGAGGAGCCGCUGGACCAACAUGAGCGCUCUCCACUAUGCCGCUUACUUUGACGUCCCGGAACUGAUUCGAGUCCUGCUCAAAGCCGCUAAACCAAGAGUGUUGAACUCCACCUGCAGUGACUUCCACUAUGGCACAGCCCUCCACAUCGCUGCCUCCAACCUCUGUGUGGGUGCAGUCAAAUGUCUCCUAGAGCAUGGAGCCAACCCUAUUGUUCGGAACGAUAAGGGCCAGGUUCCAGGGGAGGUGGUUCCCGACCCGAUGGACAUGACUCUGGAUAAGGCAGAGGCAGCCAUGGCGGCCAAGGAGCUGAAGCAGUUGCUUCUGGACGCCGUCCCCCUGAGCUGCAACCUCCCGAGAGCCACACUGCCCAACUACGACAACAUCCCAGGAAACCUGAUGCUGACCUCGCUGGGGCUGAAGCUGGGGGAACGUGUGAUGCUGGACGACAUGAAGCUCCAGAGAGACCAGAGCAGAGACGUCGACCCGCCUGCAAACCUCAGACAGUCCGGCACGCUGAGGUUUUGUGGCACGACAGAAUUCGCCAGCGGUCAGUGGGUUGGCGUGGAGCUCGACGAGCCGGAAGGAAAGAACGAUGGCAGUGUGGGCGGCGUGCGCUACUUCAUCUGCCCUCCUAAACUAGGCAUUUUUGCACCGGUGUCAAAGAUUUCCAAAGCUGUGGAUCAGGCCCCUUCAUCAGUCACCUCCACCCCCAGAACCCCCCGUAUGGACCUGGCCUCCCGCCUCACCCGGAAAACCAAGAAGGAGAAAGAGAAGAAGGAGAAGCCCAGAGCGAAAGCCCAGAAGAAGAAGUUGUCAGUAGCGAGUCUGGAUCCAGAAGGAAUGAACGUGGAAGUUGGAGACCAGGUUCUGGUGGCAGGACAGAAACACGGCAUCGUCCGCUACUACGGGAAGACUGACUUCGCCCCAGGUUACUGGUUCGGUAUCGAGUUGGAUCAGGCCACAGGAAAACAUGACGGCUCGGUGUUUGGAGUCCGCUACUUCAACUGCCUGCCGAAAUAUGGAGUGUUUGCUCCACCCUCCCGGGUCCAGAGAAUCGGAGGCCCUAAAGAAGGCUUCCAAAAUGACAACUCCAUGGUGAAGAAAGUCCACCAAGUCACCAUGUCACAGCCAAAGCGUAACUUCAACACGAUGCGUUCCCCUAAAGACCUGACGUCUGAGAGCUCCAUAUCCAGGUUGCUGUUCUGCUGUUGGUUCCCGUGGAUGCUUCGGGCUGAGAUGCAGUCCUAACUCCUCCCUCCUUCCUCCUCUGCUUCUCCACCUGACCUCACCACUCUUCUCAAUCUUCAUCUUUACUUUUAGCGUUCCUCCCUCUCCGCCUCUUCACUGUCAGUCAGACUUCUCGUAGUGAAACUCUCUCUUACUCGGCCUGAAUCCCUCUAAUUUAGCCAUUCUAUAGCAAAAUCUAUAGUGCCUUGUAUCCGAUUAAAAUGUCCUGCAAUCCUUUCAUGAAACUGAGCUAAAGCAAUCACCCUGAAAUAUUCUCUUUACGCGUCCCGUCAUUUUGUCUUGUCAUCACAUCGUCCCAGCUCGUCCAAGUUAUCGCUUUAUUUGAGACAUCCGUUUGUGCAUGUUUGGCUUUUGCUGCAAAGUCAUUUGGGUCUCAACAAAUUUAGUGGUUGGCACCAGCCGUAGUUUACUUUAUUAACGAAAUGUAAUUAAUGCUGAUGCUUUGACCCAUGGUUGUACAGUAAUAUCAAUGACGUUUGCCAAACAAAUUCCACAAUCGCAGAUCAUUCUGAGAGUUGAGAUGGGGCUGCCAGUUGUGAAAGAGCCAUUAAACGCGUUAAUCUUCGCCACUGCAACGGUGGAAACUGCAUCUCACUCACAAGAAACAAACUGUGACGUUUGUUCUGCACAGCUCAGAGCGUGUAAAGCUAUACUGCAUCUAGAUGUGGCUGCUGCUUGCCUCUCCUGAGACAAAGGCAUCAACCCUAGAAACCAUUAUAAUUCUAGACUGCGUGUGUCAUCACCUGCAUGCUUCAAUCUCAGAUGUCAAAUGAAUUCAUUAAGUUUUUUGUGUUUUAUCAGUGUUACCAUCAGAUUUUUUUAUCGUUCAAAUGUAUGCAACAAGUGUAAUUUAAGCGUAGUUCUUGCUCUCUUUGAAAUAUGUCCGGCUCUGAAGUUUUGUUGAUGCCAAAAUUUCCUCUCAGCAAAUUAGAACUCUUUCUCAACACUUCUGAAACAAAAGGCUGGAUUUAACUUUUUGCUUCAUCACAAAAAGAAAAAGAUUCAGUUAACGUGGUCAUUAAUAAAUAAAGUUAGUAGACAUAAUAGUGACACAACGGCUUGAACAACUAUCAUUAUUAAUCUGUGUAUUGCAUCGAGUCCGAGUUUAAAGACAGUAUAUUAUGGAAUUACUGUCAAGAGCCGCAAUCAUACUCUGUUAACCAAAAGUGCUAACAAACCCAAAACCAUGACCUUCUUUAAAAAACUUCAAAAUCUAAAUAGGUUUUUUUUUUCCUGCCUUGCUACAUGUGAUAUUGAAGUCUCUUGUGUUUCUAAUCCUGUCUCUGCUGCUUUCAUGCUUGCGUCUGAAAAAUGUUUGGUAAGCAGCGCAGCUCUCAUCAAACAUUCCUCUCCUCCCUUUUGGGGUUUUAAAAUGUCCCAACGUCCCAAUCUAAACCCUGAAUAAGGUGCCCAGACAGGCCAUGAUAUUUGUAAAAGUUCUCCUCUCUGCUUUCUCCCCAACCUCUAUCAUCCCUCUUUUUGCAUUCAAAUAAUACUUUUCUUCCUUUUGUGAAUGUGGGCAAAUGUGAAAAGACAAAACACGACUUAUACCUAAACAUGCGUGUGGUCACUUGAUGUUAAAAUCUCUCUUGAAGUUUGAAUUACUGAAAUCAGCAAUAUGUAACCAGUGUACCUGUCUCUGUGUGGACGUGGUUCUUGUGUUGAUGUCUCUUUACACUCUGUGAUCGUUGAUCAGCCUUCACGGAGCAGCGAACACGCUCACAUGUUCACAUGUUCCGAGGGCGGAGCCUGUUGGGACCAGACCCUCAAAAGCCGCUAACCUUACUCCGCUCUUCUAUCAGCGCGUAUGUCAGGGAGUUAGUUUGCCCAAAAGUCUGCUGCUCAACUGAUUUGAACAACUUGCUAAGAAGAAGAGCAAUCCAUGGUUCCCACAUUUUCGGAUUUCUGAGUUCCAAAACAACUUUCUGUCCCGAAACACCAAUUUAGAUUUAUUUACAAUUUGAAAUUGUGUACAAAACAGACAUGUUUCUGUCUUGGAAACGCUAAAUUAAUGUCACCUGAUAUCAAACCCAGAAUAUUUAGAUUUUCCACAUCCGUCUUAGUGAAGUCAGACAUAAACUCGGCUUUAGGACACCUAGAAAAAAUGCCCAUGCAUCAAUUGGUUGUCAGAACUGUCCCUAACGUUCUGUAAGACAAUUUCUUUAAAAAAUUAGAAUCUUGAUAUCAUGUACACAAUAUGGCAUAAUAUGACUCAAAGCUUCAUUUUCCUUCCUUUCUGCUGCUGCCAGAGCAAAAGAGAUGGAUCAACCAAAUCAACUUGUUGUAGUUUACAUCUCGUUUUCAUUUUAACCAGUGUGAACCAAUGUGCUGCUGCAGCACGCUGUUCGAUGCUAACGCUCCACUAAGAGAGUUUGUCUUUGUACAGUCAACGUACAGUACAGUCAAUAUGUCCCAGUGAAGACUGUCCAGUUGAACUUGGUGUUCCUACUGCUGUGAAAUUGUGGAUAUUUCUCUGGUUUAGCCACUAAGUAUCACAAGUGAGUCUCUAGAUAACUUUUUCAAGACCUACCAAAUGUCCCUCAAGCUUUUCUCAUUCCAAAUUCGAUUUGUUCGACCGUGUGUCGGAGCCAUCGUACGUAAAAAGUGAUACAUUUACAAAAUUCUAAUCAUCAAUUCUCUCACAACCUUGCUGGACUUGCACUGGAUCAACUAACUCUAAAAUUAUGCCACAAUCAAUGUUAAAUUUAUUCAAACGGCCCAUGGAGUGUUUAUGGGGUAUACAAAGUUCAAAUAUGGAAAUAAGUUACAUUAUCUAACACUCAUCAUAAGUAUAACAUUUUUUACUUAUGACCCUUAAAAAUAAACCAAAUGUCUUUAUUCUUUGACUUCUGUGGAUGAAAUACCUUAGAAAUAACAAACGCACAAAGUCAAGCGGUUUUAUUUUAUAUAGAUGUCAAGUUAUAUUAAUCGCUACGGUAGCAUUUAAAGUGUUGACCUUCAUCCCAGAAAUAGUUUUAUUUACCCAAUCUGUAAUCAUCGUUUUUACACUUACGCUAGUCCUGGUAUGUCGUAUAGAUUUGCUCCAUUUAAACGACUGUGCUUUCUGGUUUUGUUUGACCACUUGUUUUACCAUUCAAUCUUCUUAAGAAUAUACAGUGUAUAGCCUAUAUUUUGAUAACUUCACUAAGUGUACUUUUCUUUUUUUAAGUGUUUGUGUAUUACUUUGUGCCCGAUUACAGUCCAUGUGUGUGAGUAACUCCUGUUUUAAAAUUGAGUGAGGCUAAACAGGAAACGGGAGAAGGAGCAUCAGACGUCUUCAUCCUACAGAUACUCACUGCAUGCUUUCUCUCUCUCUCUGUGUCAACUUUCUCAGUAUUUUGUUGUUGGGUUUUUUCAAUAUAUGUAUCUUAUUCUCAGCAGCAUGGAAAUGCUCCUAAUAAUAACAGUGACAACUUUAUGAACAUAAUAAAGAAUUUGAUGUUGUUUUUUUUA